AUGGUUAGCAAAUCGUUGCUCUCGCGGCAACCUCCCCCUUCUCCUUCUUCUGCUUCAUCACCGAAAUUUGAUCUGGCAAACUUUCCAGUGACAGAAACCAUCAGCAUGCUGACCUGUUUGUUAAAGAAAAUCACAACGGCUAAUGACUCCAUCCAACAAAAGCAAACCAACUAUACAUGCUUCCACGCUCGCUCCCUACCAAGCAUCGAUAUCAAUGCCUAUCUCUUGAGGAUUCUGAAAUACUGUCCCUGUGCUAAUGAGUGCUUUCUCAGUUUGCUGGUCUACUUUGAUCGCAUGUCUCAAAACAAACUGGAUCCAUUACGUAUUGACUCAUACAACAUCCACAGGUUGGUCAUCGCAGGUAUCAUGGUGUCUAGCAAAUUCUUUUCGGACAUAUUCUACACCAAUACAAGAUAUGCCAAAGUUGGUGGAUUGCCUGUAAAAGAACUGAACGUUUUAGAGCUUGAGUUCCUUCGCAUCAACAAUUACAGCAUCUUUAUUCCUUUGGAGGAGCUGCAACAGUAUGGAGAUCAGCUAUUGAUGCAUGCUAUCAGAGAAAAAGACGCUCAAUUAAUGCAAGAACAGCAUUUGAUGCUGGAAAAGUACCAUCAGCAACAGCAAUCUUGUAUCACUGACUAUCCUUUCAUGUAUCACAUUGGAUAA